UUUUGCUAUAUUUACACUUUCUCCUGUUUUGAUCUUCUUGUUUCUGUAAUGAUACUGUAUUUUUAAUCCAACAGAAACACGAUCGUUCGAGCUUGGAACAUAUAUAUAUAAUUAAUUCAAGUGUCUACGGAAGAUUCUGUAAAUGACAUUGGUUAGAGAAAGAAGGCAUCGGCAACCGCUAAACAUAUCCCUACCUCCACCAUCACCAGCUGCUCUCUUCCACCAUAUUCAUACCCACCACCUCCCGCUGCCACCAGUACCGCCAUCCUCAUCAGAUAUCACCAGUCCAGACUCUACGGCCAUCGACAGCCUCUCUGAUCUUGAAAGACUGACGACUCUUGGCCAUGGUAAUGGUGGAAUUGUUUACAAAGUACGACACAGGCCUACCGGCUCCAUCUUUGCUUUGAAAGUCCUCCGUUUUGACAAUAACACCGCCACCAUUUGCCGACAGGCUGCCCGGGAGGCAGAGAUUCUUAAACGCGUGGAUUCACCUUAUAUUGUUCGAUGCUAUGCAGUGUUCAACAGCGAGAAUUACCUGGGCUUUGCAAUGGAACACAUGGAAAGAGGAUCACUAAAUGAUGUUUUGCUUGUAAGUAAAAGAUUGCCUGAGAAUGUUAUUUCUGGUGUGGCAUGGCGUGUGUUGCAUGGCUUGCAGUAUCUGCACAGAGUUCAGAUAGUACAUGGAGACAUAAAGCCAUCUAACCUACUAAUUAACGCUGAAGGGGAUGUGAAAAUUGCAGAUUUUGGAGUGAGUCGGGUUGUGGUAGGCAAACACGAUUAUCAUGAGGCACACAUGGGCACACGUGCAUACAUGAGCCCUGAAAGGUUUGACCCUGAAGGAUGGGAUGGAGAUAAUGCAGAUGGAUAUUCUGGAGAUGUUUGGUCACUUGGGGUGGUAGUUUUAGAGUGCCUCGUCGGUCAUUAUCCAUUGAUUGGUUCCGGAGAAAAACCAGAUUGGGCGGCACUGGUGUGUGCAAUAUGCUCUGGGAAGAGAUUGGAAUUGCCGGCGAAUGCAUCACCGGAAUUGCAGAGCUUUUUACAGAGGUGCCUUGAGAAAGAGUGGAACAAGAGAGGGACGGUUGAUGAGCUUCUUGAUCACCCUUUCGUAAAUAAGAGUUGCUGCGAUCAAGGGCUGCCUGGUCUUGAUUUGCAGGCUUAAACUUUCGUUUUUGUCCUUACAAUUUCCUAGUUAAUAUAUGUUGAUGAUGAUCGGGUAGAGAUUUAGGCAGGCCUUUAAUAUCAAAGCUCACUCAAAAAAUUCUCCAACAGAUUGUGUCCCCUAAUAUUGUAGCUAUCAAUGUCACUCUCUCUUUUAAACAUGCCUAAAUAUUGCAUUCCCUAUUA